GGUUCAUAAUGGCCCAAGUGUGAUUAUCACCACCACCACCUCACAUCCUGCCUGCCUGUAUGUAUAUAUAUCUAAGCAUAGAUUCAGUUAAAUAUACUCUGGUGCAUCCAACAGAAGACCAGGUGUAUCCAGAGGAGACUGAGAGUUCGAGCUGAAGCUGGAGAUGUGGUCAGCAGUGUGUGUUAUCACUCUGGGAGUGCUGCUCUCCAGAGCUCAGGCAUUUUUGCCAGUUGGAACUAAAGGUAACACACAUGUGACUAUCACCAAAAAUGCAGUGAUGAAGAAGAUCAAUGAAGUGUGUAAAGCUGAGGCUGUGUCAGCAGGCAGAACGUUCAACCCAACGGGUUCCUCAGUGGAGGAGAUACUGCGGGCAUGUCUCGGUACAUCCACCGGUACAGUCUCUGCAGCUAAGUUUCAUGAAGCCCUGAAUCAGAUCUACCUACAGAACAGCCUGGUGGACCGAGACUUCAUGAGCAGUGAUCCUCAUCACUUCAACAGUGAGACUUUCAUUCAGGGACGCACUCUGAUCACGCAGGGCAUGGCCACCGUAAAAAACAACAUUCGCAAAGAAAACUUCCAGGCUGCCAGAGAAGCACUGGGCAGAGUCCUGCACACUCUUCAGGAUUUUUACAGCCACAGUAACUGGGUUGAGCUGGGAAACAAAAAAACAUACCCCAACCUUCUCAGACGUGACCUCACCAUCGACAAUGUCGCAGCUCCGAACAUGGCAACCUGCCGUGAUUGUGCCAGUGGAACUUGUCCAAACCAGCUGACGUCCACUAUUUUACGCAGGAAGAAACUCACAUCUGGAUACAUCAACCUGACCUCUUCAAACAAACCCAAAGGUAAAUGCAGUCACGGUGGGGCUACUGACCUGAGCAGUAAGCAGAUGCCUCGGGGUGGGAUCAGUAAAGAUGAACUGCUGAGCCAUAAUGCAGAACUGCACAAGGCAGCUGUUGCUCUGGCCACUCAGGCCUCCGUUGAGCUGCUGGACAACAUUGUAGCGGCGGUGGGAAAUCAGGAAUAUCUGAGGUUUAUGGGUAUCACUCGUUUUGUUAUUCUGUGCUUUGUGAUUGACACAACAGGCAGCAUGGCUGACGACAUCGCUGAGGCUAAACGAGUUGCACACAACAUCAUUGACAGUAAGAAAGGGACCCCUGAUGAACCUUCAGAAUACAUCCUGGUCCCGUUCAAUGAUCCAGAUUUUGGACCAGUUAUAAGGACCACUGACCCAAAUAAGAUGAAGGCAGAGAUCUCAAAGCUUGGUGCGAACGGGGGCGGGGAUGCACCAGAGAUGUGCAUGUCUGGACUGCAGCUGGCUCUGACUGCAGCUCCCACUUCUUCUGAGAUCUAUGUUUUUACCGACGCUCCAGCUAAAGAUACACACUUAGAAAAAACUGUCUUUGCCCUCAUUGCCAGCACCAAGUCUACAGUGAACUUUUUUAAGACGUCCGGAACGAGAUCACGGAGAUCAACUGGCAGUUCAGAUUUCGAGCUGUAUUCUAACUUGGCUUUGGCCUCUGGAGGUCAAGCUAUUAGGGUGUCCAAGGCUGAACUGCCAAAGGCCACUGAUAUCAUCAUUGAUACCUCCACAUCAGCUCUGGUGACGAUUCUGCAGCGGGCCAGGAAAACAGGCAGUGUGGAGAGUUUCUCCUUCCUGCUGGAUUCAUCACUUUCCAAAGUCACCGCCUACAUCACCGGAGAUUCACUCAAAUUCACCCUGAAAAGCCCCUCAGGUGUGUCUCAGUCUAAUAGUGUUGCUUCUGGAUCUCUUGCCAAGAUUCAGACUGUAGGAAACCUGUGGCGCCUUCAGUUCAACUCUGCCACAGAGACUGGCCUGUGGACCAUCAACAUGGAUUCCAAAGCGGCCUACACUAUCAAAGUCACUGGUCAAAGUUCGAUUACAUUCAUUUACAACUUUGUGGAGGAAUUUAAAGGACCUCACCCAGGGUUUGCUGUGAUCGAGGGUCGCCCUCAGACAGGCCUUCCCACUAAGCUGCUGCUAACAGCAACAUCACAGAAAGGUGCAGAGUCUCUGACGGUGAAGGAAAUCGCUCUAGUGGAGGUUUCAGGUUCUCAGGUGGUGGAUGGAAAGAUACAGGAGAUGGGAGGUGGGGACUUCUUGGUUUCUGUGGAUAAGAUUCCAGCAGGAGAAUUCGUGGUCAUGAUGAAAGGAGAGGAGAAGGCUUCCUCCAGCAAAUUCCAAAGACAGAGCACCACUCAGAUGUCUCUGUCUAAAAUCACUGUCAAGGCUACAGUAGACAGCACUCUGGUACCAGGAGAAUCCUUCAAACUGCCUUUUACUGUAAAAACCAGUGGAAAAAGCGGGACCUACACUAUCAGUGCCAGAAAUGACAAAGGCUUUCCUCUUGUCUAUAGCACAUCGGUGAGCCUGGUGACUGGGGUCAGUGCUGCAGGUACAGUGGUUGUGAAACCACCUGCAAACACUGAGUCAGGAACUGAUAUCACUCUGACCAUCGCCGCUGAAGCUCCAGGGGGAUUCGAUUCAAACUACGCCAUACUCCGCCUAACUGUCCUCGCCAAGGUGACAGAUUUCACUCCUCCGGUGUGUGAGAUUACGGGUGUAAAUUCCGCCUGUCCUUCUGACUGCACCAAGUCUAACUGGGACGUGGCUUUCAACAUCACUGAUGGAAACGGCACGGGGAUUGAGAACAUCUUCAUCCAGGAAGGCAAAGGAAGCCUCACCCAGAAAACAGUGGUGGAAGGGGGGAUAACUGUAGUGAAGGGCAACUUCACCUCCUCCUGCUGCUCACCUAAUGUAACUAUAUCCAUCGUGGAUAAGGAAGGAAAUGUGGGUAAAUGCACUCACUCUAUUGAGGAGGAGGAGGAGGAGGAGGAGGGGGAGGAGAAUAAAGAGGGAGGUCUUGCUUUCAGAUUGUUUCUGUCACUGCAGGCCUGGAUUAAGCCCUGAAUAAACAGCAGGAUAUCUUUCUACUACUGUCCUGAGAAAGACCAGAUUUAACCAAUGCAAAUAAAAAAUGAAUAAAAAAAGUUAAAAGCUCAGUUAAACUCUUUCUGACUGCUCAUCUCAUGUCCCUCUUGCAGUAUGUUUAAA